GUGCUGAGCCUGCAACGUUGGAUGAAAAAAAAAAGAAAAGAAAAAAAGAGCAUCUCUCUCUUUGCUCCAACCGGUGGACGCAUCAUCUGGAAGCGAAAUAAGUCAAAGUUUCAGACCCAGUUGUGUCUCCUGUAACUGCGCCAGGACCAUGGAGGACCUGUAGAAAGUCAAAGAAAAGCUAAACAACCAACACACAUUUUCCUGUGCGAGCUCCCAUACCAGCGUUAGGAAGACCCCUUGUUGGGAAGGGAUACACAUCAGAAAAGCCAAGGAGCUCUACAUAAACACAAGUGCGGACAAAACAGGUGAUACCAAGGGUUACCCAUUCAAGUUUGACACAAGUGAAGCCUACAGAGGGAGUAUGAAGACAAUCCGUGUCUACUCAUUUUUCAGUUUAGGAAAUGACUUAACACAGGUCCCCUGCUGAUCAUCAUGAUGCUAAGAUUGGCUUUGUGAAGCCCUCACUCCCUUGUCAGCACCCAGACCAGACCCAUCCCUUUAUAGGGAACUUUUCCAAGCAACACUUGUUGCUUCCCUUUCUUCUACAAACACAUCCUUUUCCCCUGCAUUACCCUAUAUCUUAGCCUCCCUUCUCUGUAUUUUUUUUUCAUUGGCAUCAUGCAGGGUGGUUGUGGUACCUCCACUCUCUUCCCUCUAAUUUUUUCCUCCCUCUUAUUCUUUUCCUAUUUCCCCAACGUGGUCAGUGGGGACUGCUGGCUUAUUGAGGGAGACAAAGGCUAUGUUUGGCUGGCUAUAUGCAGUCAGAACCAGCCUCCCUAUGAGACCAUCCCACAACACAUCAACAAUACGGUCCAUGACUUGAGAUUGAAUGAAAACAAGCUGAAAGCUGUGCUUUUCAGUUCUAUGUACCGCUUCACCAAUUUGACUGACCUCAACCUCACCAAGAAUGAAAUCGGCUACAUUGAAGACGGGGCCUUCGCAGGACAAGCUAAUCUACAGGUUCUUCAACUGGGCUACAAUAAGCUGACAAACUUAACUGAAGGUAUGAUGAGAGGAUUAGGCCGUCUGCAGUGUCUCUUCCUGCAGCACAACCUAAUUGAGGUUAUUGCCAGCAAUGCAUUCUGGGAGUGUCCCAGUCUCAGCAGCAUUGACCUGUCAUCCAACAAACUCUCUCGAAUUGAUCCGUCCACAUUCACCGUUCUCAAUCGGCUAAUGGUGUGUGAACUGGCAGCAAAUCCAUUUCAUUGUGGUUGUGAUCUUUAUGGGUUCUUAACCUGGUUGGAGUUCUUCAACAAUGUGUCACACACCUAUGAUCGCCUCCAAUGUGAGACACCACGGGAAAUGUUUGGCUACCCCUUACUGAGUCCUAUUUCUGCUGGUCACGCUGGGCGAAAUGCCAAAAACAUUUUGCACCAUCACUGCCGAGAUGGCGUGAUGAUCCCAGGCAUGACCUCCCUUCCACCAGAUCUGGAUGGACCUUCCGGGAUCGGAUCAGAGAUGUUUGGUGCUGUGGGGCCAUACCACCAACCAACCACAUCUUCAUCAUCUCCAGAAGACAGCUUCAGUCCCAGCAUUAAGCUCCAUCAUGUUUCUAUGUUAUCGGCGUCUUUGCUUGUUAAGAUCCCGAGGCCUUACAGUAAAAUGUAUAUUCUAACACAAUACAAUCAAACAUACGUAUCUGAUGUAAUGAAUUUGAAAAACAAGAAGCAGAUGAUCACUCUCAACAAGCUCAAGCCUAAUAACAAUUACACCUUCUGUGUAGCCUCCAUACGCAACUCUCAACGCUAUAACCACACCUGCCUCCAGUUUUCCACUCGGAGUCAAAAUCCAGAUGACAUGCUGCCCACGCCCUCGACCACUACUCACUACAUAAUGACCAUCGUGGGCUGCCUUUUUGGUAUGCUUAUAGUUUUAGGAGUUGUGUACUAUUGUCUACGGAAGAAACGAAUGCACGAUGACAAGAAGAAAUCUAUCUGUGUCAAGAAAACUAUACUGGAAAUGCGCUAUGGGCCAGAAGUUGCUGCAGCAGUAGCAAAUGAUCCAUCAGCAGUCCACAAGCUUCAGGAGCAGUCCAGGGAACAUCACCAGUAUCAGCACCACCAUGGAGGAAAACUGUCCACAUCUUCGAGCUCUGGAAUGCUCCACUCUGCCAACACCACCUCCUCAAGACUUUCUUCUAUUCCUCAAGUAGAAAAGAUGGCGACAGCCUUCUCAGAAGCCCUGACCACAACUAAAGGAAACUAUAUGGAUGUGAGAAGCGCAGGAGCAGGAAAGGAGAGAAUGCUAGAUGGUGGCCAUGGAGGGAUAAGAGGGGAAGAUUUGAGGGAUGAUGAUGAUCUUGUUGAUGACUCAGAUGAUGAUGGACAAGGCUCUGCUUCAGAGAUCUCCACUAUUGCCAUGGAGGUUGACAAGGUCAACCAGAUCAUCAACAAUUGCAUUGAUGCAUUGAAACUGGAUGCCGCAGCAGUAGCUGCUUCAGCCGCCUCAACUAACCCAACAGCUUCCUCCAAUCCCACUUCCCCCCCACCCACCAGCACAUCCUCCCUUACGCGUGGCCUAAUUCCAUUGUCCCCAGGAGCCACAGAGACAGGUCAAAUCAUUGCCCCCAACAAAAUACCCCCUCCUCCACCACUCCCUGCUUUGAAUGCCCCUCUGUCCGAGCGCCCAGGUAUAAGCGGCGGUGGCUUUGUUGUCACUCCCCCAUACAGACAUCCUCCUCCAGUCUCUGCCACACGUCCCAUUCAGCGUCAAAUGAGUGCUGAUGCAGCUGUGGUUAUUGCAAAUUCUGUCAAGAAACAGAGCAGCACCGCUUCUUGUGGCUCUGUGGGCCGGGACAGGGACCGUGGCGCAGCUAGAGUGUAUAGCUUGGAUGUUCCUGAACCAAGGAGCCCCGAUACCUGUAAUCAACAACAGCAGCAAUAUCCAGACCGGGCCAGUCCCGUGGGCUGUGGGGAACCUCUAGAAAGGUUACCUUUAGUGGGAAGUGGGAGCUGUGCUGGAGGGGGUGGUGGUGGUUGCGACAGUGGUGGUGUUGGUGCCCAACAUCAUGACAACCAGAAGCCACACCACUAUCAUCAACAACAACAGGUACAGCAACAGCAGCAGCAGUUGGAGGUGCAGCAGGACUACCACUGCUCGGAGCACCGCCACUCCGUCCCAGCUCUUUACUAUGAAGGGUCCCACCAUGGCUCCCCAGCCCAGAGAGUUUCGUUCUUAAAACCGCUGACGCGCUCCCGCAGGGAUGCAGCAUCUUAUUCUCAGCUUUCGCCUGCCCGCCAUCACUCAAGUUACUCUGGAUACUCCUCUAGCCCAGAGUAUUCCUCAGAGAGCUCACUGCGGAUCUGGGAGCGUUUUCGUCCAUAUCGGAAAGGCCCACGUGAUGAAGCCUGUUAUGUGACGGCUGGAAACGCUCUUCGAAAAAAGGUUCAGUUUGCCAAAGGUGAGGACCUGCAUGACAUCCUUGAUUAUUGGAAGGGUGUGUCUGCCCAGCAGAAGCUGUGACUGGGGACCAAAGUUGAGCGGCGUGAGAGUAGAGUUUAAGCACUUCUUUUCCUGGUCAGCCUGUGGACCAAGUAUCUGAAGAUCAUGGGAAGAAAAAAGUAGGACAAAUAUUUGCCUUUGGGGUUUUAGUUCUUUCUUUCUUUCCUUUGUUUCUUUCUUUUUGUUUCUGGCAUGCUAGGUGUCUAGAAUAUUGUGCUAAAAGCAAGUACUGUGAAACUGUGCCUGGGAUCGGAGAGUCAUUACAGUGUUAAUUUUUACACUUCAUGGUAGCACUUUUUUCAUUCUUAUUUCGUGUUUGUGGGUUUCAUUUAAUAUACAGGGAACAAAUGCCAAUUGUGUAAUUUAGUACUCUUCCGUGUGGUCACGUUUUGUGAUCCUACGGACCUUUUUUACCAGUGCCAUGAUUCAUCUCAAGCUUGUUUGAUCCAAGAUGUUUCAAGUUUUGUUCUGGAUUCUGCAUCCAUUUGCAGCCUCCUCAAGAAUAUGUUUAGACUAUUAAAUGAAAGAAACUAUGAGAGGGUGGUAUAAGCGCUUUGUUAAAAUUGACGACAAUGGAUUAUUUAACAGUUGUCAAAUGCAGUACCUGUUUCCUUUCUCUUAGAUGCUUCUUUAUGCUGAGGUAUUUGCAUCACAACGGUAUUUGUCACAAAGAAAGGGAUAACUGCAAAGAAAUUAACAUAUUAACAAGAGGAAGACAGGAAAGUGGGUUUGUAGAUUGUGUAACAUUAUAAAUCGUGAGAGAGAGAGAGAGAGAGACUAAGGUGAAACAGUGAUUUUGUAUUAAGUGUUAAACAUAUUUUCAUAACACUCUUGCAUUGUUUUGUGAGUGAGGUGAAUAAAGAUCAUGGUCCUACAAAUGAAUUGAACUGUCCUGAACAGCAUUUGCCUGACUGCUAUUCAGAAUUGUGAUCAUAGUACACACAGUACAGAGGGCAAUUGAAUGAUCCCCUCAGGUGCAACUUAAUGUUUAAUGAGAUCAUUAAAAACAAAUUACACAUGAACUCAUAUUGUCUCCUCAUAAAAAGUAACAUGAGAUGUGAACAUAUGUGACAGAAAAAUAAAAAAAGAACUAAAAUUAUACUUUUAUUUUGCUCCUUUUUUCAGUAUUGUUUUAUUUUGCAGCUUGAGGGAACUUAAGUAGGUCACAAGCUUGUUAAAGGUAGAUCAGAGAUGGGUUUCUUGCUUACAGACAUUUAUUGAUGUGUGUGCAUCCAGGGGGUAAAACUGCAGCUGACAGUCACAAGAUUGUAGUAAACUUUUUCUUUAUAAUGCAAAAGAUUUUCAUUAUUUGUAAAUUCAUAUUAACUCAAAAAUAAAAUAACUCAUUCAGAAAAAAUGUAUUUCAUAGUAGUGCGUUUCAAAUUUGUAAAAAAUCUGAACAGUCAGUUUUUCUGAAUGAUCCGAUCUGGUUGUUCUUAAAAUUGUUCUUUAUGAAAUUACUUUACAAGCCACCACAUCUAACAGGGAUUGCAUCCACCGUAAAUAUACUAUAUAAAAUAAUUUUACAGAGGGACAGAGGUUCCAGGACCUUUGACAGUAGCUUGGACAAUACCGCCUCCAUCAGAAAAUUAGUCGCAAAGAAAUGAUCAGAUCCUGAUACUGUUCUUGACAAUUUAGACAUUUGUAAGCCCUGCAUCUGCGCAAAUAAAAUCUGUGUGCAUAAGAAUCUUUAUAUGAAUGCAAUUAUGUUCUCUGUGUAAUUAAAAGAGAUAAAGUCUAAAAACAUUGGAUCAGAGCUUUGCAUUUCAGGAUGUAACAUUGCCACUGCAGAAACUUUCCUUGCCAUUUGGAAUUUGCCCUGUCCUCUCUAUCUUCUACUCUUGUGAAAGGAUUCUGGUUCUCAUGGUAUACUGGAAAGUUUCAAUCCAUCUUUUUUGUCAGUUUGUAAAGUAAACUGCCUUGUCCUUCAGAGCUUUAUUCUGCCAAACAAAAUGCUUCCUGCUCCCCCUGUUGUGCACACACCUCUGUGAUGACUUUGCACAGAAACCCGUCUAUUGUCAUCAUUCAAUGUGAGUACCACAAUACAUUCCAAAUCCUUUCUCUCGCAUUAAACAGAAAAAGGCACAGUGGGAAAGGACAUUUCUAAUUACUGCCGAUGUGUCUGUUCUGUGAUGGAAAUUGAUGCUGUUGUUGUCUUUAAUUGAUAACCUAAUUAACAAACUUGUGGCAGGCAUGUCAGCUUGCACUUUAGCCUCAUGAUUGUGCGUGUGGUACACAGUGGUCAUUGUAAGCGGGUGUAGGCAUGCCUUGUCAGAUUAUAUUGUAUAUGCCAAAACUAACUUAAAUUAAUAUUUGUCGAUAUUUUUGCCCAGUGACUGGUCGUCUGAGUCUAAACAAUAUUAGAAUAUUAAUGGCAUGUACAAAUGUACAGAUGUCAUACAUGUUAGCUGUAUUUUCAUCAUGGUCUGGACAUCACAUGAGUGUAAUCUCCAGAGUUUUCCACUAAAAGUAUUUACUUGUUAUGUUCCAAAAUUAUACUGUUAUCGCAGACAUUUCUGAUUGCACUUACAUUCUCCUUCAUUUGAGACACUCUGCCCUAAAAAUGUGAAAAUUGUAUUUGUGUAUAUAUCUACAUUUUUGUUCAAAGUCAUCAUUCAUAAAUGAAUUGCAGGAACAGUUUAAACUCUUCAUAUAUAUAAUUAUUUAUUUUUUUUUUUUUCAAACAUUACUUUCCCUGCUUUGACAUUUCCCGUGGACAGUAGCCUGGCCAGCUAUCACUUUUCGCUUUGAAAAUUCUCCCAUAACGUGAGUUUGGUAGCCCUCCCAUCCCAACAGGAUGGGAAUGAGCUAUAUGUUAUGAUUCAUGGUGGAGUUUUCAAGAGCCUCUGUUCAAAAAAACAAUGUUAAGAUGACUGCCGAUGAUACGGGGCAAUGGUUCGAAAAAGUUCUCUACUCUGAUUUGAAUGACCAGGACCAUAUAAGGUGCUUUUCCAUUAGUGGGGGUUCCAGGUAAAACUGCUAGAUGUGAACCUCUAAAAGAGCCAACUCCCACCUCAGCCCCUUCAGCCGGCGUGUCUCCAUUACACUGUAGCACUGAACCGCUGACCGAACAAGUAACAGCAUGUGACGUGAUAAUGAGCAGUUUUUGCAAACAACCAAUGGCAUAAAAAGAGAAGAAAAAGAGGAAUGCAGCAAAAGACGAAAUAGAAGGAGAAACAAGUAAACAUGGAAGGGAUAUAUAGAGAUAUUUAAUGCAUUUAAAAAAAAAUGUUAAGAAAAAACAAUUUAUUGGACCUCUUCAUUGGUGCAAUAUGCCAACUAAACCUGAACCUCCUCAUUAGUCCAUCCAUUGUUUUUUCUCCAUAUUCAUCAAAUGGACUCUUAAAGAGAUAUUUCUGGUUCAAAUGGUUCCAAUGAGUUGUGCUCAUAUACUAUGUUCAUGUGAGCAGAUCGCCUCCUGCCAGGUGGUUCCUCUAAGCCAAUUGAAGUACCUUUCCUACGACAGGAACGUUUUCCGCCCCGCAAAUAUUCCUGAAGGCCACUUUUGCAGGACCAUUCCUGCUAAUGGAGACACACGUCAAUGGCCCCUGAAAAACUACCCAAAACCCCCACUAAUGGACAACGCACCUAUUGAGUCUUUAAAACCCCAACAAGGCACUGCACUUAAAGUCCUGUUCUUUAAGAAAAAUCUACUGUAAUUCAUCAGGGUUUUGGAUGUCUUUCGUCGAAAAUAGUCUACUUGUCGCUCUGCCUUCAUUACAUGAUAGGUUGUAUGUUUUGGCCAACAGUGUCCAGACGCAGUUUCUCCUGUAAUGAUUGAGGCUGCCCCUUGGAGAUCAAAGUAAAAUUCAAGGGGAAUCCAACUAAUUCUGUUCAUUUAAAAAGGACAGAUUUAGCAUGGUUGGCCAGGACUACCUAAACAUAACUUGCUCUGAUAUUUUUUCCCUUUUUAAUGAUGAGCAUCUUUAAAGGCAGGGAAUAACAUUUUUAAACUACUUUUCUUUUUCUUUUCAUUUUCUGUUGGUUUUUUAAAGUGUUCUUCUUAAAUCUCUUGAAUGCAAGUUGAACAGGAAAUAUGCAAAAGUAUGUUCAUGUAUCUCCAUACUGAUCUAUGUAUUACUUCCUUCCUUCCUCUUUGUUUUCAUGUUAAAUAUAUUCCUUUUUUUUCUUUUUCCUUGUUUUUAUCAACAUGUGUGGACACAGUCAGGGUCAAACAUUGCAUCUCUUGGAUUCAAUGUUCCGCUGUGAUAGUUGUGUCUGCAUAAAUCAAAGUUCCUCACUGUGGUAUUUGAGUAAUAGCAUAUCUGGGAUGUACUGCCUCAUCUGGCUUUGUUCUCAUUUGAUGAACAUGGAAUACAGUUUUGGAAAAGUUUAUUUAUUCAUAUUUUUCAGCUCUCCAAAUGUCUGAACAAACAAUGUUUCCAAAGGAACAUGUAUAAAAUUCACCAAAUCAGUGAAAAUUGUACUUUACUUUAUAUUUUGCUGGUAUGAGUAAAAGCAUGUAAACCCACGGAAGAAACUUGGUGCAUUCAGUUCCCCACACUUUCCUCUGCUGUAACAAGCACACAGAAAUGGACACGGAAGAAAAGUGUAACAGUAAUUUAGGAAUAUCUAAGAAUAUCAGGAUGGUCAUCAUUUCAGCAGCGAUUCGUGUUCAUCAACCUGGAAAAAUAAAUUGUGACAGAAAAUACUGUUUGUUAAUAAUUACCAUGAAUGACUUUUAAUUUUUUGCAUUCUUUAUUUGUAUUAACAUAUUUACACAUCAAUGUGUGUGUUCAGGUUAUAGAGGCUCAACUGCUCUUCUGCUCACGUCCACGGUCACAGAUUAUGUCAUUUAACAACCAGACUCAAAAAACGUGAAACAAAAGCUAGAUUAAAGCACAUUCUUGUAGACAGUUACUUAAUCACUCAUCCACACAAUACAGCAUUCAAAAAUACACUGUAAACAGAACAAGCUGGGAAUAACUGUUGAUGGCCCUGGACUCAAACAGUCCUCGGCUGAUUAUCACUGAUUGCAAAACUAUAAUUGACGUUUUAGGGUAAACCUUGCUGUUGCAUUAAUUAACCUUGGUGUCUAAUGUUUCUAAAAAUAAAAAACUUGUUAGUACAGUGCUGAUGCAAGUUAUACUCUCUGCAAUUAUCCUUCCACAAGGUCUCAAUGAAAUAUUUGCACCUGAAUUUAUAAAAAAGAGAAAUAAUUCUCUGAAAUGAUUCAAAACUCAAAUCACCAGUGAUGAGAUUGUUUUCAACCCACAAAGUAUUGAUUAAAAAUGAAUAAAUACAAGCCUCCUUCUUAGCAAAUAUUCUCAUUGAAGGCCAGGAUGGUGGCUUGUUUUUAGGGAUGCUCCUCUUUGUAGCGUCAUCACUGUUGUUUUGUCUCAUAGCCAGAGGAAAGCAAGACAUGAAAAAGCCGUCUCUAAUUAAUGUUGAAUCACUCUGUAAGAGGCUGGCUUUGGUUUCUCUCCUCUGCUGACACGCUGCUAAAGUCAAAAGGCAUUUUUCAGUUUGAAAUCCACCAAUGCCCUGUUAAAGUGAAACUUCAAAGGAGGAUUUAACAUAUAUUAUAUACUGUGUACUUCUUUGCAUUUAGCGCAGAUGAAGAGACAAGGCUAACAACUGUAGUUAUCAGUGUAGUGACAAACAAUGACCUUGCGUGAGGCCCAUUUGACAAAACAAAUAAGAUACUCUGAUAUUUGGUGGUGUUCCAGAUUAGAUGUUGAAGCCCGUGUGGUGUGAGAAUCAUAGGACAAUGCGUCACUUUGCAGUCACUUCCUUCAGCGAAAGGCUGUCACGAGAUGGCUGUAUUUAAUGUAAUGUAAUCGCCUCUGCAUCAAAACUCCUGUGUGGAUCCAGAUUUAUUUUUCUUUGACUCAUCCGAGCUUUGUCGUUCUCCUGCUAGCUACAUCAUUGUGGAGCUGUUUGUGAUGAAAUCAUGGCCACACCUAAACCGACCACGCAUGGAUCCGUAUACACUCAUCCUCUUGGUUAGUUCAACUGAGGAGAACUAUACAAGAUAAAAAAGUUAUUCAGGAUUUCUAACAACUGAAAGCAUCUCCCCUUUAAAGCUCAUUUUGCAGCCUCAUUUGAACUUUGUGAGAGGACAAUAUCAACCCUGCCAGCAAGGUUAUUUAUCCUUUAUCUUUAGACCUUUUCUCUAAUAUUCCUUUCAGACGAGCAUACUGUACGGGAGAUUAGCCUGUGUGAAUAAUGUGUCAUAUAUGAUAAAUGGUAAGCUGUUUCUUUUUUUUAAUAACAGCCAUUGAAGAGCUUGUGGGAUAAAAUCAAACGCAUCUCUUUUUGUGUGUAUAUAGCUCUUAUGUGAAACUAUUUCAGUAAUGAAAAGCCAAGUCAGUUGGGACAAAUGAAACAUCUCCUGGUGUGACUGAUUUCAUGGUCACGUUUCAUCCAGCUCUGACAAGCCGAGUACAGCCGGCUUUUCCUUUCUAGCUGCCAAGCACUCAAAAGCAAAACGAAAUGGUGAAAAAAAACAAAAGCAAAACACGAUCCACAAUGCAAUCAGGAUGUUUUCGACUCCACUAGCAAUGUUCAGUUAUUUGGGUUUCUGAGCAGAAGAGCACUUGAGGCAAGUGGGGCUAAGGUUUGCCACUGGAUUGGACCCAGUUUCCAAAGAUGGGAUAAAAGGACUUCAGUCUGUGAAAUAUCUGUGAAUUUUGUACAUUAGAUAAAAGAAAAAAAAAACAUAUCUAUUAAGGUUAGAAAUACUUCUAUAGAUGUUUUAUACUCAGCCUGAUCUCUUGACAUGUCUGUGUGCUUCUCUAAUUUUAGUUGAUUAUUUGUCUAUUUGAGUUUGUUUGGGUUGUUCAGGACGGGGUGAGGGGUGGGGUUACUGGAAAUCAAUGGACUGACUUUAAAUACUUGCCGUGUCAUGUGUUAUAAAGGUUUAAGAAUAAGAGAAAGCUCACUUGUGUACUACAUAAAAAGAGAAGUUCUUAUAUUUGCAUGAUUCCCUGUAUUUUUUUGAGAGACAAAACUAUAUUGUUGUGUACAAUGAAUCAAUGAGUGGACAUACAAUGAAAAAAAAAAAAAAAAGUAGGGCCAAAAUACAGCAUUGUCAAAUACUUUUGAUUUGACCAUGUAGGUUUUUUGCUGCAUCUCUUUCUCGUGAUUUGUGUUUACAUUCUUGCCAACUGCUGUUCAUUUGGAUGAUCAUAUCAUAUCGAUACACAACAUGGAGGGGUUUGCAGGGCAAAGACGGGCCAGCCAUUUAAAGUUGGUGGUUAACACAGAUCAUUUUCCGUGACGCACGUGAGAAUCAGCCUUCUUGUCUUAAAUCAGGGCCAUGUCACAGUUUGAGGCACUAUUUUCUUUUAAUUCAGCCAUUUCCCUCUGAUUAAAAACAUUACAACAUAAGGGGAGCGUGCUGAAGUGACGCGGGCUUGCUCACAGUGGAUAAUCUAACGGUUUGAGCCUUAUCUCAAUACAUCAAUUAGAAGUCAUUGCUAAAUGAAUGCAGCAUCAGCAGCUCCUCCUUUAGCUUUGGCCCAGUUGCUCUUAGUGAAAUAAGUGGUUUUUAUUCCUCUUCCUUUGGUCUUACAGCUCCUGGCUCUCUCUCCAGUUAAUUAACUUCACCUUCUACCCUGCCACUUGUAAAUAAGUCUUUUAUCAUCUGUCUUGUAUAAUAUAGGGUGUGUGUCAACUUGACUGGGAGACAAGAAAUGGCAAAGUAGAGACCAAAACUGAAGAUACCAUGAUUGAAUGAAAAUAGAGUGGAGGAAAUUAAUUAAGAAUAUGUAUAUACCACUGCACCGAGUGGGCAGAGUACAGGAGAGAAGAGGAAGUGGGGCAGACAUACCUCCCAUAAUUUGUUUAUAACACCUACUGGAGCUCGGCUGAUACAUAAGUUAUUGUGUUACAGUUCAUGCAAUGACAGCAAGCCAUAAGUCAAAGCCAUUAUUACUUUGUGCAGUGAUACUACUCACACUCUCCAGCUAAGGUAUUUGUGCUUCAGUCCUUGCCAAAACCAUAGAGGUUUCCUUGUGUCAAUUACGAAAAGAAUAUCAAAUGUAUUAACCUCCAAGCAUAUUCUGAUCAUCAUCAUGUCAACGUAGCCAUGUUAUAUUACCCAAGGAGUUUCUUGAGUUAUUUUUAAUGGGAUAAAACUGCCCUUUAAUCAGAUAAAGCAAAUGUUUAUGAUGAGUGCUGGAGACGAAUCUUUAAUUCAAAGCUCCCAUUUCUCUACCCCCACUUCCGGAGAGGUGAAACUUGCUAAAAGGCCCCACGGUGGCGAGACUAGAUGCAGAGUCUGUGUCAGAGGCCCAUCAGUCAGAUCGAUGUUAAUGUUUUCCGCACUCACAGAUAGCAGCAGUAGCAGCAGCAGCGGCGGCGGCGGCAGCAGCAAGGCAUUCAUUGCUAUUCCAAACACACAAGCCAGUUCUGAGGUACCCUGAGAGCAAAAUGAUUGGCCUUGCCAGCACCAGGGAUUUAAGGCUCGGCAGCUUCCAAAAAUGGCUUUAAGUCUGGGCAAGAAUGACAGAGAAGAGGAAGCAUCCGCAACUUACUGAAGAAAUUAAAUGUCGGGUUGAUUUGUUUGUAAGCUAAUAAUGGCUUGACCUUGCAGCAACAAAAGCAUUAAAUAUUUACCUUUGAGAACUCACGGAUAGAAAGAGCUUCAAGAAAUAGUUAAAACAAUCAUAGUGCUGAUUUGUAGUAUAUGGAGUUUCUAGGUUGUUACAGCUUGGUAUAAAAACCUCUCAAAGCCCAGACUAGAACCAAAUACAGUAAUGUAAGUUAUAACUACUGAAGCAUUUACCACCGUUUGUUGGACGCCAAACCAGGGGGGCAAAGCAAAUUCUCACCUCAUCAUCAUAGCAGUUUAGUUUCUCUUUGGACAUGUUAGUGACAUUGUUGCAUUUGCUCAAUAAAAUGAAAGCAGAAAUCCUCAUAAUUCUAUUAAAUCUUUAGUCCUUUAGUUGUUUUGUAUUCAAAUCUAAUUAGACCGUGGGUUUCAUCAAUGUGAUGAAUGACUAAAUAUGGACAGAAAAGACAAAGGUUUGGACUGACGGACACAACUCUUGGCUUCCUGGUUUUGUUUAUGAAUCCCUUGCUUAUAUUGACAUUUUCCCCUUUGCAUUUUCUGUACAAAAGAUCUAUUUAUAUAUUUGCAAUAUAUUUCUAAUAAAAGCAAUUUC